GGCCAGAGAGAAAAAUCUGCAAAUGUCGUCUCAUCACUUCGCUUAUCGCUCAUAAUGAGGUGAAAUAAAAUAAACAAGGAACCCACUCUUUUGCUUUGCCACGACCUAAAAACUUUUUUUUUUCCCUCUGUCUUUUUUUUUUCAGCCGCUUCUCAAUCUCGGAUCCACAGAUCACCCAACUUUUGCCUUGGCCACUGAAGCCAUACCGAGUCAGCUUCACAUGUCAUCACCAAUGAAUUGACGGUAUUCUGGUGUCAAGGUCCGUUUUGACCUCAAACCGCGUACUAUGCAAUACGUAACUGAGUAAAGGAAGAUACGUAGGGGGAAAAAAGUAUGAAUGAGCUCGCUUAGCCGGGGUGUGGUUGGUUUAUGCUGCAUUUCUGUUACUCAGCGACGACUCGAAGGAUUAUGACAGUACCCCGUGUGGGUGUCAAGCAAGUGAAAAGGACCAUGCUUCAAUGACGUCAAAAGCUGGCCUUUGGGUUUGUUGAACGCAUAUCAACAGCGGGGUCGAUUGCUCUCGGCGCCCUUGUGUCAGUCGUUUUGGUUGAGUUUUGUUGAUUUUAGACCAAGUUGUUUGUGCACAUUGUACUACACCAUCCACUUAAUCCUGCCCAACAAGUCAGAAGAGAAAGCAGAGACGCAGUAGUAGGAGAGAAAAAAAAAUCAUCUUACUUACUUACACACACACACACACAUCACCAUCGUCACAAUGCCGGCAACAUUAGCCAACAAGACCUUCAAGCUCAACAACGGCGUCGAGAUCCCCGCCGUGGGAUUCGGCACCUUUGCGGCCGAGGGCCAGCCCGGGCAGACGUACGCCGCAACCAAGGCGGCGCUCGAGGCCGGCUACCGCCACCUCGACUGCGCGUGGUUCUACCAGAACGAGGACGAGAUCGGCAACGCCAUCGCCGACUUCCUCAAGGAGAACCCGUCGGUGAAGCGCGAGGACCUCUUCAUCUGCACAAAGGUCUGGAACCACAUGCACGCGCCCGAGGACGUCAAGUGGUCGCUCGACAACUCGCUCAAGGCGCUCCGGCUCGACUACGUCGACCUGUUCCUCGUGCACUGGCCCAUCGCCGCCGAGCGCACCGAGGACCGCCAGGUCAAGCUCGGUCCGGACGGCAAGUACGUCAUCAACCACGAGCUGACCGAGAACCCCGAGCCGACGUGGCGCGCCAUGGAGGAGCUGUACGAGGCCAAGAAGGCGCGCGCCAUCGGCGUCUCCAACUGGACCAUCGACGGCCUCAAGAAGCUCUUUGCCGUCGCAAAGGUCAAGCCCGCCGUCAACCAGAUCGAGAUCCACCCCUACCUGCCCAACGAGGAGCUCGUGCGCUUCUGCCUCGACAACGACGUCCUGCCGUCGGCCUACUCGCCCCUGGGCUCGCAGGACCAGGUGCCCACGACCGGCGAGCGGGUGCGCGACGACCCGGGCCUCAACGCCGUCGCCAACCGCAGCAACAUGACGCUCGCGCAGGCCCUGCUCGGCUGGGGCGUCAAGAGGGGCUACGUCGUGCUGCCCAAGAGCUCCACCCCCUCGAGGAUCAAGUCAAACAUUGAAGUGCCCGACUUGUCCGAAGCCGACUACCAGGACCUGUGGAAGGUCGCAAAUGGUCGCAAGCCCACGAGGUUUGUCGACAUGAAGGACACUUUUGGCUACGAUCUCUGGAAGGAGAGCCAGUAGAUUCGGUGGUUGCAUUUUUAGCGUUCUAUUUCUUUUUUUCUUUCUUUUUUUGGUUCAAAUCAGCAUGGGAAAAUGAUUAGAAUUAGAGGAUAAAUAGGCAUCUUGGGAGCGAUAUGCAUCUGUUUGCAGCAUGUCCAAUUCAGUCCGACUUUACAAACUGAUAGUGGUCAUUGAUCUCCGCCAGGUUAUACUCCUUGUUUAUGUGCUUCCAUUCUCCAUCCUGG